UGUGUGUGUGUGUGUGUGUGUGUGUGUGUGUGUAAAUGCCCUGUUUUUUGCAUGUGUGCGGGUGGCAGAGGACACCAGGAUUUAGACAGAAUGUAGGCCAGUCGUGAGUGAGUGUGUGUGUGUGUGUGUGUGUGUGUGUGUGUGUGUAUGGCGGGAGAGACAGAUGCGCUGCCAGUAGACCGUGAGGUAGCGCAGUGGCAGCUCGUACUCACAGCAUGAAGUCCGUUCUCUCACUGCACAGGAAAUGGGCGCACACCGUGAAAGCCAUCCGUAUACUACAGGGCGGCAACCCAGUCAUGGAGGAGGUGGUGUGGGAACAAUACACCGUCACACUCCAGCGGGACCCCAAGAUGGGCUUCGGGAUCGCGGUGUCUGGGGGGCGGGACAACCCCCAGGAGGACACGGGGGAGGUGUCAAUCGUCGUGUCGGACGUGCUGCCAGGAGGCCCCGCGGAGGGACUGCUGUUUGAGAGUGACCGGGUGAUGCAGGUUAAUGCUGUGCGGAUGGAGGGCGUCCCACACUCCUUUGCGGUGCAGACACUCAGGAAGUGUGGCAAAAUGGCCAAAAUCCUGGUGAAACGCCCACGGAAGGUUCCAGCAGUUGUGCGGGCCCCUUCCCCCGAUGACCGGGUGUUCAGUGGCGACUACAAUGACGACUACGACUAUGACGACAGGCGGAGUAUGUACAGCGGCCGGGGGCCCCCCCCACGAGACGGCAGCCUGGAGCGCGGAGGGGGCGGCGGCUACGCGGAGCGGGAGGGGCGUCGGGGGGAGCGCGACCUCAGCCCCGAGGGGCGGCCCUACCGCAGAGAAGGCAGCCGCGGGCGCAACCUCGACGAGGGCCGUAGUCCUGACACUCGUUACCGCAGCGACCGGACGCUCGACAGAGAACACAGUCCCAACCGCCGUUACCGCGGGGGGGACAACAGCAGCCCUGACCGCCGUUACCGAAGUGAGAGAGCGCUCGACCGAGACCACAGUCCCGAUCGGCGCUACCGUAGCGAGCGCGCUCUGGAUCAGGAGAGUGUCCCAGACCGCCGCUUCCGCAGCGAGCACACACUGGAUCGCUCUCAUAGUCCCGCCCAUAGCCACGGGGGGCGCGAGGGUGCACCUCGCCACGACCACCAGCAGGAGGCAGUAGGGAGGAGCGCCAGCCGAGAGCGUCUGGACCAACCCGACCCCCCCCAACGCCAUCGACAACCACUCGACCCCCCCCUCAACGUCCUACUGCUCAAGAAGCGCCCUGGCGAAGAGUAUGGCCUGCGUCUGGGUAGUCAGCUGUUUAUUAAGGAGAUGAGCAGCACUGGUCUGGCAUCCAGAGAAGGAAGUCUGCAACAGGGAGACAUUAUCCUGAAGAUAAACGGUACGGUAACAGAGAACCUGUCCCUGAGUGACGCUGGGCGUCUGAUAGAGAAGUCUCGCGGGCGUCUGCAGCUGACGGUGCAACGGGACAAACAGCAGGUGCUCAUCAGGGUCCCACCCAUGGAGGACAGCGACUCAGAGCUGGACGAUAUCUCGGAGAUCGAGUCAUACCGUUCCUACUCCCCUCAGGAUGAUAGACGUGGCCACCAAUCAGAUCUCUCCUCCCAUUCAUCCAAUGAAAAGCUACGAGAGAGACCUAGGGACGACCCCCCCAGCCGACUCGCCAAGAUGGGCGCCAUGCCAACGCCCUUCCGUCCUCCUGAGGAGCAGGCUCCGCCCCCACUGGAAAGGGAGGAGUCAAGAGAAACUGAGGCGGAGCCUCAAGCCCCCACCUCCCCAAAGGUCACAGUUCCCCCAAAGGUCAACCACAUCCCAAAGGUCAACCCCCCCAAACCCCCCCUCAAGCCCAGUGCAGAGGACCUAGAAAUCUAUGGCCCCAACACGAUGAUGGUGCGCUUCCAGAAGACGGAGAGCGUGGGCUUGCGCCUGGCGGGGGGCAAUGAUGUGGGCAUCUUCAUCGCCGAGGCGCAGGAGGACAGCCCAGCAGAAGUGGAGGGGCUGCGCAUGGGAGACCAGAUCAUGAAGGUGAAUAAUGUGGACUUCAGGGAUAUGGUGCGUGAGGAUGCUGUGUUGUUGCUCCUGGAGAUUCCUAAGGGAGAAGAUGUCACCAUCUUGGCUCAGAGCAAGCCUGACGUGUACGAAGACAUCCUGGCCUCAGGGCGAGGGGACAGCUUCUUUGUGCGCACCCACUUUGAGUGUGAGAAGGAGGCGCCGCAGGGCCUGGCGUUUGGGAGGGGGGAGGUGUUCAAGGUGGUGGACACGCUGUACGACGGCAGGCUGGGGCACUGGCUGGCCAUCCGCACGGGCAAGGACAACCAGCUCCUGGACAAGGGCACCAUCCCCAACAAGAGCAGAGCGGAGCAGAUGGCUAACGUGCAGCAGGCUCAGCGCAGUGCGGCUGGCGAUCGCGGCGACUUCUGGCGUCUCAGGGGUCAAAGGGCGGCGAAGAAGAAGGACCUGAGGAAGAGCCGAGAGGACUUGAGCGCUCCGCCAGUGACGACACGCUUCCCAGCGUACGAGAGGAUCGUCCUGAGAGAGGCUGGAUUCAGGAGACCUCUUGUGUUGUUUGGACCCAUUGCUGAUGCAGCCACAGAGAAACUGAACACUGAGUUUCCUGAGGAAUUUAUCAUCGCCAAGACGGAGCCUAGAGAUGCGGGCACAGAGGCGUCUUCAGGGGUCGUGCGUCUCAACACCAUUCGGCAGAUCAUUGAACAAGACAAACACGCUGUACUGGAUGUGACACCUAAGGCGGUGGACACCCUGAACUACACCCAGUGGUACCCCAUAGUGGUGUUCCUGAACCCCGACAGCAAGCAGGGCGUCAAGACCAUGAGGAAGCGCCUGCAGCCGUCGUCCAACCGCAGCUCACGCAAGCUCUACGAGCAGGCCGUCAAACUACGCAAGACCUGCAGCCACCUCUUCACAGCCACCGUAGACCUGAACUCUGCCAAUGAUGCCUGGUAUGGAAGCCUGAAGGAGUCAAUCCGGGCGCAGCAGGAAAGGGCAGUCUGGGUGUGUGAGGGCAAGCUGGAGGGUUCGGAUGAAGACCUGGAUCUCCUUGACGACGCCAUGUCGUACCUGUCGGCGAUGAGUGUGGACUACCUGAGUCUGGACAGCCGGCUCGCCAGCGACUACGAGGACACGGCCGACGAGGGCGGGGCCUACACUGACAACGAGCUGGACGAGCCAAUGAACGAGCCGCAGGUGUCGGCCAUCAGCCGCUCCUCCGAGCCCGUCCAGUCUGAGGAGUGUCAGCGUGAGCGUCCUCAACCCCGUAUGCGCAGGUCUGGCAGCAGAGAGGUGCUUCGUGAGCCCAGCCCCCCUCCCUCAUUCGUCCCUGAACCCCCCCGGGUGCGUCUGCAGUCCCGCAGCGACUCGUCUCGUGACUCUCCGUCCAGCAGCACCAUCAGCAGUGAUGUGGGGCCUUCGGGGGCCAAGCCCCUCCCCCCUCCCGUGGCCCUGAAGCCCACCCUCCGCCCCGCCCCAAACCCCGCCCCUCACCAGGAGGGGGAGGGGCCAGACCCCGCCAGCCGCUCCUUCAUAGGGAAGGUGAAGGCCUUCGAGAAGAUGGACCAUCAGGCCAGAACCCAGCGCAUACAAGAGCUGAAGGAGGCUGAGAAUGCACGGAUGGAGAUCUCUCAGAAGCAUCCUGACAUCUAUGCCGUGCCAAUGAAACCAAAGCCAAACCACAACCGGCCCCAACCAAUAGGGUCCAGUGCUAACUCCGAACAGCAGGUGGCAGCGUCUCGCACCACUAGCCGAGAUGAUGAUGGUGAUGAGGAAGAGUAUCGCCGCCAGGUGUCUGACCAAACACGCCGAGGAUACUACAGCCCCCAGAAGUACAACGACACCGAGCUGUAGACUACAAUUCCCAGCAUCCCACAGGGCUGAGGUGUUUUUUUUUUACAUGACUCUUUGGAGCAGAAGCUCGAUGUAAAUAGACUCCAACUCCUCGCCGCGGGGGUUCUGUUACGCUUCUAUCUUUAGUGUUUCCUCUCUUCGGCUGUCAAUGUCUCCCUCUGAACUAAAGGGAUCCCACACACACACACACACACCUGUGACUUCAGCCCGUGUGUGUGUGUGUGUGUGUGUGUGUGAGAGUGAGUGUGAGAGAGUGAUACCUAAGUGCCUUUAGAGAGUUUCCAAGAGUAGAAAGAGGUGACUGUCACACACUCACACACACACACACACACACACAUUCUAGCAGAAUAUAAGGGAGACAGGGUAUGCCUGAUAGCUUUUGUUUGAGUGUGUGUGUGUGUGUGUGGGUGUGCUGGGAUGAUGGUACUGUAGCUCUACGAGUCACUCUCCUGUUCCUGUAGGAGUUCAUGUUCUGUCUUUAUAUUUCAUGACAAAUGGAUGUAGAGUUCAGUUUUAGGAGCUGAAAGAGUUUUUAGGUUUUACACAGAAAGACAGCUUUACAUGGAAUAAAUAAAUAAAUAAACAAUAAAUAAUUCAUCACA